GUUGGUUGUGGAUCUGCCGGAAAGAGAGCGGCUGUAGACGGGAGCUAGCCGCUUUAGCUUAGCUGUGCUAUGAGGCUGUGCUGUGCUGAUGUUUUAGUUACAGGUUUAGUUCUGGAUCUGUAAAAACACACAGAACAGCCUCUAAACAUGGCGGAGAAGUUCGAUAACCUGGAGGAACAUCUGGAGAAGUUUAUCGAGAACAUUCGUCAGAUGGGGAUCAUAGUGAGCGACUUUCAGCCCAGCAGCCAAACAGGACUCAACCAGAAACUGAACUUCAUGAUCACUGGACUGCAGGACGUUGAGAAAUGUCGGCAACAGCUUAAUGAUAUCCAUGUACCUUUGGAAGCAUUUGAAUACAUCGAUCAGGGUCGCAACCCCCAACUGUACACUAAAGAGUGCUUGGAAAGAGCCUUGGCUAAAAAUGAGCAAGUGAAGGGGAAAAUUGACACAAUGACAAAAUUUAAAAGUCUUCUCAUCACUGAGCUGGGGAAAGUUUUUCCAGAAGAAAUGGCCAAGUAUAAAGCCAUCCAUGGAGAUGACCCUCCUUCAUAAUCACAAUGACCUUUCAACAGCAUUACUAAAUGCCAAUUUGUACAUAUGCUGAUGUUCACUUUUUUAUAAAGUUCAAAGCGUCCACCAUGUUUUGCAUUUUUACAGGUUUUUCAGUGUUUGUAUUUGCCUUUGUAUUUCAUGAAUAUAUUGCUUAUACUCCAGGCGGUCUGAGGUGUUUUGUAACCUCAGAAAAAUUGAGUUUGAUUGCUGCAUAAGGUAUUGUGUAAUUUCUUUUUGUUGGCUCUUUUUAAAUAAAUGAUUAUUUAAAGUUCA